CAUCGCGCCAACCUUUCCCACCUUCGCCUCUGCUCCCUUGUGAUUGGCACCGAUCUUGCGUGGACGAUGGCCUCCACCGAGAGCAUCAGCAAUCCGCUGCUGGAAUCCAGGGACGUUGUAAUGACUGACUCGCUCGUGCUGUUCUGGAAGGGCUUCCUCUCACAAUGGUACCCGUGCGAGUUUGAAGUCGAUGGCGUGGUCUACGCCAACGCUGAGCAGUACAUGAUGGCCGGCAAGGCGCGCCUGUUCGGCGACGACGAGAUGCUCGAGGCUAUUCUCGCCGAAACCUCGCCGCGUAAGAUCAAAGGUCUUGGCCGCUGCGUGCGCAACUUUGACGACAAGGUGUGGAAGGCCGAGUGCCUAGCGAUUGUCGAGGCCGGGAAUGUGGCCAAGUUCUCACAGAGCGAGGAGCUUGCCGCUGCGCUCCUGGCCACGGGCACGCGGACCAUUGCCGAGGCCUCUCCCUACGACAAGAUCUGGGGCAUCGGUCUCGCGCCCAACGACCGCCGCGCGCUCUCGCGUAAGAACUGGCGCGGCAGCAACUUGCUGGGCAAGGCUCUGAUGGCGGUCCGGCGCCAGCUCGCCGUUGCUCGCGGGCUUGAGCUGUAGUUGGCUGAGCUGUGGACAUACACUCAAAACACGAACGCAGACGGAGCCGGGUGACUUUGAUACGCGUCCAUGGCGAUGGCUGUGGGCUAUACACCGUGAGGGCUCACCAGAACUGGGGCUGCUGACGGAUGGCAACGGCAACGACGUGGACAAGACGGUUGUAGGCGAGCUGGACGUGCUUCACGCCAGUGAGCUCGUGCCGGAGGCCGUCGGCGGUGUAAAGAACGAGGCCGGUGAGCUUGGAGGAGCACGGCCCACUCGGGUGCGGGAGGCAGAUCGGGGCGGCGACCAUUGGAUCCGGGUUGGCUUCGACCGAGGCACGGGCAAGGUACUGGACCGAGGCGGCCGGGAUGAUGUACGGGCGCCCGCCGUCGACCUCGGGAUCGGGCUUGCCGCCGAUGGCCAACGCAAUGUGGCCUUCAAAGAUGCAGAGGAAGCCCUUGAGCUUCUCGGUGCCCGAGACGAUGUAGGUCUUGUGGACGCCAAGCAGCUGGCAGCGGCGGUCGAUGGCAAAGAAGUGGUGCUCGUCGGCAUCCGGCGGACGAAUCGGGGCCGAAGGCGAGGGAGAGCUGCGGGCCAGGUCCCACAUGACGUGCAACCAGUUGGCGAGGGUGACGCCGUCGGACGGCUUGAUAAAGGUGUGCAUGGUG